AUGUCUUCAAAUAAAAUAUUGAUCAAAAAUGGUACUAUUGUAAAUGAUGAUUUAAUUAAAAAAGCAGAUGUUUUAAUAAAUAAUGGAAUUAUCAUUGCUAUUGAAGAUAAUAUUGAAAUUAAAAAUGAACAAGUUGAAAUUAUAGAUGCUAAAGAUAAAUUAGUUAUUCCUGGUGGAAUUGAUCCUCAUACACAUAUGGAAAUGCCAUUUAUGGGACAAGUAGCUGUAGAUGACUUUUUUACAGGUACAAGAGCUGCUGUUUCUGGAGGAACAACAAUGAUUAUUGAUUUUGUUGUUCCAACAAAAAAUGCCUCUUUAAUUGAGGCUUAUCAUACAUGGAGAUCAUGGGCAGAUCCAAAAGUUGUCUGUGAUUAUGGAUUAUCAAUGUGUGUUACAUGGUGGAGUGAUAAAGUUGCUGAAGAAAUGACAAAAUUAACUUCUCCUGAAUAUGGUAUAAAUAGUUUUAAAUUUUUUUUAGCUUAUAAAAAUUCAUUAAUGGUUGAUGAUGGAGAAUUUUAUAAAGGAUUAAAACAUUGUUCAAAGAUAAAAGCUUUAGCACGUGUACAUGCUGAAAAUGGACAUAUUAUAGAUGAGAAACAAAAAGAAUUGCUUGAAUAUGGAAUUACAGGACCUGAAGGUCAUAUUCAAUCAAGACCUGAAGAAAUAGAAGCUGAAGCUGUUAAUAGAGCAUGUUGUUUAGCUGACCAAGCUAAUUGUCCACUUUAUGUUGUUCAUGUUAUGUCUAAAGGUGCAGCAGAUGAAAUAGCCACAGCUAGAAUGAAUGGUCAAGUUGUUUUUGGAGAACCAAUAGCUGCAGGAUUAGCAUUAGAUGGAAAAGUUUAUUAUAAUAAAGAUUGGGAAAUGGCUGCAAGAUAUGUAAUGUCACCACCAUUAAGUAGAAAAGAAGAAACAAAAGUAGAAUUAAUGAAAAUGCUUGCAAGUGGACAACUACAGUUGACAGCUACAGAUAACUGUACAUUUAAUUGCCAACAAAAAAAAGUCGGUUUAAAUGAUUUUACUAAAAUUCCUAAUGGUAUAAAUGGUGUUGAAGAUCGUAUGUCAAUUGUUUGGGAGAAAGGUGUUGAAUCUGGAUUAAUUGAUGCAAUGAAAUUUGUUAGUAUUACAAGUUCAGAAGCUGCAAAAAUAUUUAACAUUUACCCAAAGAAAGGUAGAAUAAGUGUUGGUUCUGAUGCUGAUAUUGUUAUAUGGAAUCCUCAUAAAACAAGAACAAUUUCUGCAUCAACACAUCAUCAUAAUCUUAAAACAAAUGUAUUUGAAGGUAUGAUUGUUCAUGGUGUACCAGAAAUAACAAUUUCAAGAGGUAAUAUUGUAUGGAAAGAAGAAAAAUUGUAUAUUGAACCUGGUUCUGGAAAAUUUAUUCCAUUAUUACCAAAUUGUAAUCAUGUUUUUGGCACUAUGAAUAAAAAAGCAAACACAAAAAAACCAAUUUCAAUUAAUAGGAAUAUCUAA